AUGGCUUUUCAACCGCCCCCUCGGCAGGCUGUAGAUGCUGGUUUUGUUGAAACCAUCCGUCACCUGCUGGGCGCAGAUAACAACGCUCGAAAUCAGGCAGAACAACGCUAUGACGCUGCCAAGAGGAGUGAACCUGUGCAGCUGGUGGCAUCACUUGUCCAGGUGCUGACGCAGACUGACCUGGAGCUUCCGGUCCAUGACUCAGAACCGCUGAAUCCACGAAGGGCAGAGGUGUCAGCCAUCGAUGAGGUUAGGGAGCAGUGUGCAGUCCUGCUACGGCAGUGUUGCGGCAAGGUGAAGGAACCUGAGUCCACCUGGCAGAAGCUGGGAACGCACCAGGCGCAGCUGCGAGGGCAGUUGCUUCAGAUCCUGGAGGCGGAGCCAAACCAGCAGCUCAGGAGAAAGGUGUCUGAUUGCGUCCAAAGCUUGGCCAACCAGAUUGUGGAGAUUGAGGAAGGCCAGAAUCCUACGAAUCUUAAGGAGUGGCCAGAGCUGAUGCCUUGCCUCUUUCGAAUCAUUUGCGAUGGUAGCAAGGACAGCACCCUUCGAGCAGACUGCUUGUGGAUAGUCAAGGAGCUGACAUGUUCUGUGUGGCAGAUGCUCCUAGUCAAUUCCUCGCAGACUUUCCAGGUCUUGCAGACCUGUUUGGCAGAUCCAGCCCAGACUGUCAAGGCUGAAGCUGCCGCACUGCUGUGCUCCUUUGUGGAUGACAUUCCCAGCAAGGAGGGCAGGAAACCUUUUCAGCCGCUGAUUCCUGAAGUCACCAGUGUCAUGGCCCAGUUGGCAUCGAAUCCAGAGCCGAAGGAACUGAACACAGUCCUCCAAGCUUUGCAAUCAACAACAGAGACGGCCGAUUUCUUCAAGCAGCACAUUGCAUCCCAUUUGAUUCCUGUGCUGGAAAACAUUGCGAUGAAUCAUCCAGAUGAGUCGGCAAGGAAGUAUGCUUUCGAGGUGAUUGUCUCCUUCAUGGAGAGCAAACCCAAAAUGAUGCUGAAGGUCCCCGACUACAUCCAGAAGGCCCUGAGUCUGUGCGUGACCUUCAUGAUGCAGCUCAACGAGGACAUGGCCACCUGGAUGCAGCAGGAUGAUGAGGAUGAUGAGGAUGAAGAGUUCUUCAACAUUGGGAAGGAGUCGGUUGAUCGAAUAAGUCGAUGUGCCGCGAAGGUAGAAGCCUUUCCCCUCUUGCUUGAGGGCAUGAAACAGGCUGUCAGCAAACUCUUCCAAAGUGGCGAAUGGAAGCAGGUCGUUGCGGGAAUCUCCACCCUCAGCAUGAUCGCUGAGUACGUGGAUGAUGAGGCCACAGUUUCGCAGAUGACGAAUGGCAUCAAGAUGCAGCUGGCGGCCACGAAUGCGUCCUGCUCUCAGAUUCAACUGGCCUUCUGCGGGGCGAGGCAAGCUGUUCGGCAUCCAGCUGUUCGCCUCCAAGCCGAGGCGAAACAGGGCUCAAAGAGUCCUGUAAAGGAAUUGGAGGAGAAGCUGUCAAAGGCUCUUGGCAGAAAGAUCAAGAAGGGUGACAUGGUUUGGACGUACCAGGCUUCAGUGGAGUUGCCAUGUUUGAGCGAUUUCUCAUCAUCCUUGGUGGGAGGACGCGUCACCUUCGAUGCUGCCAACGCUGGUGAGUGCAAAAGGAAAGCGGCCUCCGCCGUAUUGGAAGCUUUGGAUUUCGAGAAAUUGGCAGAAGAAGCAGGAGCAGCUGGAGCAGCAGCAGCUGGAGCAGCCCCAAAAGAGGCCAAGAAGCCAAAGAAAGAUGGAGGUGUUCUGAAAGACUUGGAGAUUGGCCAACAGCUGAACACGAAGGUUGUCCGCAAGACACGAAAUGGUUUGCGCUUGGAUUGGAAGGGCAAGGAGGUUACGUUGCCAGCUUCAGAGGUGAGCGACACCUUCCCUGUGAACGUGCCACAAAAUGGUCAAAAAGUCAAAGUUCGAGUCCUGUCAAAGGAGAAGGGCACCGUUGUGACAAUGCGCGAGGGCAGCUUGGAACGACCAGAGAAAGAGAACGUCCAGGUGGACCUAUCCGCCCUGGAGGGUCUCGACAGAGCUACCAAGCUAGAGGCAGAGGUUCUUGGCUUCACAUGGCAAGAUGCAGCAGUGAAGGUAGUGGGUGCUGAUGGCAAAGUCACCUUGGCGCAGCUGCCGCGCAAACAGUUCACAGAGGGCGCAGAGAAGGAGUUGGCAAUUGGGAGCAAGAUUCAAGUCCGGAAGAAGUACCUGACGAAAGAUCGUGCUUUGGUAAGUAUGAAAGAUCCUCCAUCGAGAAAGAUCGAAGAUUUGGUGCCAGGGGAAGAGUUAAGCGGGACUGUGGAGAGCCUCCUCUUCAGCAAUAAUUAUGAAAAACCUGCGGCCUUUUUGGACGUAGGAUUUGAUCGGCCAGCAUACCUGGAUUGGCAAGAGGCGAGCGACACCUAUCCGAGAAAAGCCUUCAGGCGUUUGAAGGUGGGAAAGCCUGUGACUGGCCGAGUAUUGAGAGUUCAGGAUGACCGAAUCUAUGUGACUUGCCGAUCAGGCGACUUGUAUCGCCCAACCUUCUCAGAGGCACCUCCACAGGCACUUCAAGAGAUUGUGGACAAGUUCAGCAAUUUACCGAAGGAUGAGUAUUUGGACGCCCGAGUCCUGAGGCUUUUCCCAAGGCAUGCCGUGGUGACGGUGAAAAUGCCGGAUGGAACAGAAGCGGAAGGUUACAUUCCGGCAAGUUACUACACUCGGUCUUUUGAAGAAUCAGGAGCUCCGAACGAUCAAAUCAAGGUACGAUUGUUGCCAGAGCAGCCGAAGGCAAGGGGAAGGCGCUCUCGAGUAAUGCUGACUCUCAAGGAUGGCAAGAAAGACGCAGAAGAGAAACAAGAUGCUUCUGAAGCGACGGUGAAAGAGGAGGUUGCAGAGGCCGCAAAGGAGCCAGAGACAGCACCUACUGAGCCGGAGAAAACGGAGACCCCAAAGGACGAUGGACCUUUGAAGGGCCUAUCAGACUUUCUCAUGCGAUGCUCCAUUGACCCUCAAGCAAAUGCCUGUGAUCACUUGCAUUCGAGUCUUGUGGAUGACGCCGAUUGGACCGAGCUGAACCUACAUGGUGAGUCUAUCAAGGCCUUCCAGCACUUCGGCGAGUCUGUGGAACGAGAGGAUUUGGAACCGUUCAUCCAGCCGCUGAUGGAGAAGUUGGGUAACAAGAUGCAGAGCAGUGACGUCAAGCUGCAGAAGAAGGCUAUCACCUUCAUCGCGGUCAUUGCUGGCCAGGUCGACGAUGCCUUCGCACCGUACUAUGGGCACUUGAUGCCUGUGUUGAAGCAGGUCAUCCAGAAUACCCUUCAUAAGACAGAGGACUGCAGUUUGGGGGUGUGGGUUGUGAUGGCGUAUGAGAAGAACUGGGAUGAAGAUCUGACUUCAUCGAGGGCAGGUCUUGUUGAAGAGCGUCAGCUACUUGGGAAAUGCUUCGAGUGCAUCUCCCUUUUGGCCCGUGCUGUAGGGCGCAGCGGCUUUCGAGCUGAUGCAGAGCAAAUCAUGCAGGCGAUGAUUGAAGCAACCAAGAUUCCAAACUUGCCCAACAAUGAUCCGGUGAAGGAGUACAUGAUGGCUGCAUCUGAGCGGAUUUGUGCAACUCUGAAAGAAGACUUCCUUCCUUUCGUGAGUCACAUUUUGCCUGGAGUUCUGGAGAAGUUCACCUUGGCUCCGCGGGAGUUUGCGAAUCAAGAUGAGAUCAACGACGAUGAUGAAGUCAAUCUGACAAUGAUUCGGGAGAACGGAAGGAUGAAGGUCAUGAUCAUGUACUCCUCAGAGAUUCAGGAUCUAAAAGGAGCAUUGGAAUGUGUGCACACGUUUGUGGAGGAGCUGGCGGCCGCUUAUGCGCCUUUUGUGGCGCAGACAGCUCAGGCGCUACUUCCAGUCUUUGACUUCUGCAUGGAGGAUGGCAUCAGGGACCUCGCAUUCGAAACCUGGGGGCAGCUUUGCCGCAGCGCCAGAGCUGGUGGGCAGGAGCAAGUGGUCAGGGAACUGGUCAUGGAAUUCCUGAAGCGGGUCAGUCCCAAAUUUGAGGCUGAGAAGGUGGACCUGGCCGAGCUGAAGACCAGUGCAGAGGGUGUCACCGCCUGUUUGAGGGAAGCCGGCCCAAACAUCCUGCAUGCUGAGCAGCUUGGACAUAUUUGCCGCAGCACCCUGGCCGUCACAGCGGAAUCCUUCAAGCGCCGAGCCGAAGCCGCCAAGGGACGUCCAAGUCACCACGACGAGGACGGUGACGAGCACGAAGACGACGAUGAGGAAGAUGAGCAGGCCGUGAGGCAAGCCAUGUGCGACGUGGCCGGGCCACUGAUGCAGCACCAUGCGGACCUUUUCGUCAAGGAGAGUUUUCCAGACUACCUCAAUCUGGUGCUUCAGUGCCUGCAGCCACAAGCUGUGAAGGAGGACCGAAAACUCGCCCUGAUGGUGAUAUGUGACAUCCUGGAGCAUUUGGGACAAAGAGUCACAUCUUUCUGGCCUCAGUUUGUGCCGAAGCUCGUUGAGGACAUCCACAACCCAGAUCCUCACUUGCGGCAGGUAGCGUGCUACGGCGCCUUCUUGGCGGCGAAGGUACCUGACUUCGCUCCCUUGGCCUUGGAGGUGGCCAAUGGCCUCUCCCAGGUAGUGACACAGUCCAGGCAGAGGAGCAAAAAGAAGUCGGAAAAAAUCGCCCAGGCUUGUGCCGACAAUGCGCUGUCAGCAAUUAUUGAGAUCCUCACAGUUCAUUCGCAAGCUGUGGCAUCAAUAAAGGCCCAGCUUUGGCAGGUUUGGCUCGGCGGAUUGCCGUGUCAAGAGGAUGACAGUGAAGGCGAGCGAAAUCACAAGAAGCUGCUGGAACUCAUUCAGCAGGAGAAGCCAGAAGUAGUUGGCGAAGGAGGCCAAAACGUCCCAAAGCUAUUCGGGGUCCUCGUGGAUGUGUACAAAACCGACAUGACCGAUGAGGAGACUUCGAAGGGCAUUGGCCUUUUUGCCCUAAGGCUUGGUGAGUCCAAGCUGGAAGGAUUUGCUGCACAGUUCAGCAGUGGAGCCAAGAAAGACGGAGGUAGCAUGGGUGGAGCGACGCUUUAUAAUUUUAUGAUACUUUAUGGCAUGAUCCAUAUCAUACACAAUGAAUCACAAUGA